AUGCCAACCCAUCCACGGGACAACUUCGAGGCAUUUCUAUACGUAGAGGGGGAUUCUUCUUCCAAAUGGUCGCCCGCACAUUCGCCACCCGUGACAGGAAAGGACCGUGACCCUGAAGAGGAUAUCGAUCACCAUCAAAAGAAAUCAGUUUUUGCGAAAGUGAAAGAAAAAGCAAAGAAACUCAGAUAUACUCUAAGCCACAAGAAGAAGCACGGCGAAGACGAGAAUGCUACGCCGUCGUGGGGAUAUAAUUUGGAUGAAAAUGAAGAGGAAGAGGAGGACCAUGUUGAUGCUGAAUAUUUAGGAGCCCCAAUGUAUGAAUCAGAGCUAGCACCAGAGGGCUGCAAAGAGAAUGCCAGGCAGCAUCCACGAGCCAAUCCUGUGAUUGCUGAGAAUCAUGUGUUAGCAAACAACAUAAAUCUUGCAUCAGGACAAGAUGAAAAACCUUUCACCUCGUCGGAAAUGUCGUCUGAAAUGAGCGUCGAGUCGUCUCUUGGGAAUAUCAAAACAGGAACCGAAACUGCAGCUGCAAAUACUACCAUUAAGAGAAUACAAGAAAUGGAGGCUGCUAAACCUUCAAGUCCAAGCAAGACAUUGACAGAAGCUGUAACUGAGAAGUUGGCACCUGUUUAUUCCACUGUUACUGAUGCUACUCAUGCUCUUGCUUCAAAGAUCCAAAGCCUCACGUUCUCCGCUCCGUCGAACCCAUCGGCCAAUUCUUCACCGGCUACUCCAAAAGACGCUUUUUCCCCAGCAACGCAGAAGAGGAGCUCUUCCCCAAUGGAUCUGCAAGCAUCAAGACUUGGUAAAGGAACUGAGCAGAUAUGGGACAAAGGAGAUUCAGUAAAGGAGUACCUGAUGCAGAAGUUCGAGCCAGGUGAAGACGAGAGAGCGCUUUCUGAGGUGUUGUUCGAUGCGCUGAGUCCAGGGAAACUGCCUGGAGAUGUAGGUGUUGUGGAGAAGAUGAGGGAGGCAGUAAGUUCCAUGUUACAGGCUGAUGAGGCACCACAGCCAGUGGCUACACAUUUGGCUGCAAAAUCUUUGCCACGGAUUGAAACGGCACCACAACCAGUGGCUUCACAAUUUGGCUGCAACAUCUUCAUUGCGGGCUGA